AUGAAAAAACUAAUGAAAGCAAGAGGAUUUACUGAUCAAGUUGUCCUUCCAAGGAUUUUCUGUUCUAGGAGAAAGUUAAUGUUGAAAAGUAUUCGAAACUGGUUUCUAACUCAACAAUCCAACAAUUGUUUAAAUUAUUUACUUUCAGUUUAUGAAGGAAUAGGAAAUUAUGUUCGCACACCAGCAACACUAAAUGAAAAUAAUUCAGAACUAGUUUCAGAAAUGAUUCAACAAUUAACUCCAAAUUUAUUUCUUACCAAAUGGUCUUAUUCAGAAGGUCCAUAUUAUCAAUUAGAGACAGAAGUUGAAAUAACCAUCACAAAUAUUCAAGGAAAUGAUGAGUUGACCAAGUUUAAAUUUUCAACCUAUCAUUGUGAUUACAAUGGUGAAAGAAGCGUAAUAGUUACACAUUUGGAUGAAGAAACUGAGAUUCUCAAUAAUCAAGUUCCAAUUGGAAAACAAAAAGGCAAUUGUGCAACAGUAUAUAUCAGUUAUUUAAUGUUAAAAGUUGGAUUGACACAAGAAAUGAGUGAUUCAGAUGAAUGUUUACGUGAUUUUUUAAUAUCAAUUUAUUGGAAUGGUACCUCUGGAAAAUUACCAAUCAAUGUUAUUGAGAGAGAUGUAUUUACAAUAAGUGGAAUUCCUUAA